CCAGUUUUUCCAGGCAGUGCAAUUUGCUUGCAUAAGUUUCUUAUUGACAGACAUCCAUAAACAAGCCUAGGUACAACUUUGGCAUGACGGGGACAAAGCAGUAACACUGGAUUGAGUUCAUGAACCAGACAGAACAGAUCAAAGCCCAGCGGAUAAUUCAAGUUAAAAUCAGUCUAAUCUUAUGGUUUAUCUCCACAACAGGCAAUGCAAGAAGCUAUCCUAAAAUUUGUGCUUCUUUUGAUCUCAGAGGAACUAAAUUAAUUUCACAAAAUGUCUGUGUUGUGGUUCAUGUCCCACAGUUAAAAUGCAUCCACCUUUGCAUUAGGUGAGCACAGAGCGGAGUUACCAGCUGGAGUGGAAUGUAAAACAUGGGAUGUUUUUGCAUGAGGCAAAGUUCAGGGAGGCAAAACAUGAGAAGUCCUCAGAGUAGAAUUUCUUCAUGGUCCUAAAGAUAAUGCUGCUGCACGUACUGAGCCCAGCUGUCAAAUGGAUGGUUUGUGGAGUGGCUACAGAGGAACCUCUUACUUGUCUCUCUUGGUUUAUACUGGUUGACUACAUCAUUUAAGACAUCUUUGCAACAUAGGUUGUUUGACACUCUGAUUUUGUGGAGUCCCUACAAAUUAUAGCACAUAUAUGUUAGUUAUGAAGGAAGGAGUCAGAAAGGGCUCUGUCACUGCUUUGUGUUGUGACAAAUCCAGAUUUCCUGUUCUUGAGACAGGAUGAACAAGCAUGCUGUGAGUGCUCUUUGCAUAUUGUGCUUCCCAUCUCUGUAACAAGUUGCAUGAAGAUCUUUUCAAACUGUAGGCAAACAAGAAAUGAAAUGAAGGAGUGUGUUUUGGAAUGAGCAUUCAUUCAUUGGGAGGCUCCCAAAGCAAGUACAUCUGAAACAGCCGGCUAUUUGGGAAGACUCCUCAGACACUCCCAACUUCUUAUAGUGGACAAAGCAAUGGUCUGGUGUGCUUCAACAGUGACCGGUUGUACAUCUUCCUUGGUGCAACCUCAGGUAUUUGACGUUAUUCAGGGGAGUAAAGAACUGAGUCUUCAGUUCAAUGGACAUAUUUACUUGGGAUAAAUACCUUCAGUAGUUUGAGUCAACGUUAUAACUCGUGCAGGGAGAGGCAAGGCUGGGGACGCUAGCUGUUUAUGGAAAGUGUUGGAUGGCCAGCUGUGGCUAUGAUAGCCAGGCAAAGAAACAACCAAAGAGGUGGAGUGGUAGCUGUCACAGUGAGAAUGCUGUCCCAGCCCAGCCCGCUCCUCACACUGCCUGGGCGGGUGGCACGGCACACAGCCGAUCCCCUCCUGACUGCACUGCAGGGACACCUCUGUGCACGGCUGCCCCUGCUUCUUGCAUUUGCUCACCUGCAUGUCCCACAGACAAAGGACUGCAGGACCUCUCCCCAUCAGGAGCCCUGGUGGGCUACCUCCUAUGCCAGGCUGCUCAGCGGGCCCCCCUGGGACAUGAAGGACCUCCUUGAUGGAGCGGUGGGCCAGGUGUGGUCUCGGUGUCCUUCUCAUGGCCUGCUGAUAUGCACGCAGCCUGAAGCAGAGAGGAGACCCCAGCUCAUAUGCAUGUUGAUUGCAGCAAGGCCAACUCUUCAAGGUUUAGGGUGCACUUCUCCCAUCUUUUCAUGCAUGCUCCCCUUCCCAAGGCCCCACCAGGCUGCAGAGUCCCUUCUCCUUCCUCCUGAUCACCCUGGCAUCCUCCCUACCAGGAGGAAGGUGUGGGCUGGGGGUCCUGGCAAUUGCUGGGGCCUGUGUCCCUCCCCAGCACCUGUGAUGGCUUUGGGCAGUGUCCACCAGGUAGCAUGAGAAAGCAGCGAGUUUUCUGUGCUUGCAUUUUAUUAACCAGGGCUGUAAAAUAUUUCACAUGUGGCAAGUUUUGGAUGUAGCAUGGCUAAGCAGCUGCAAGGGAAGCCAGUGCCUCAGUGCUGAUGGACAGUGUGGAUCUGACUACAGAUGUAAGAUUCCUUUAGGAGAAAAUAGUCUAGUUUAUUCUGCUGUCCAGUAAGUCUCGGCUUACCUGUUGUUUUUUGAUUGCUUCCAUAGGAUGUGAACACACUUUAAAAUCCAGUAUUUCACUGAGUGAAGCCAUGAUUUGGCUGUAUCACAUUAAUGAGAGUAAAAAGACUUCUGUUUAAAUAUUUAGUUUAUUUACUAAAUCAGGAAUUGGUUUGAAAAUUCUUGGAAUCUAGCAGGUACUUUUGCCUCUGAGUAUGGUAGUAGAUGGUUUGUCUAAGGACUCCUGGCAAUGGUGACCUUUUUAUUCUCUUUUUGUGUCCCUCUUACUGCAACAACCAGCAUAGCCAUAAAUAAGGGGACUUCAGUGGAGCAAAGAUCUACAGAUGGGGUUCGCUCCGAGGUGUGCACAGAGAAGAUCCUGAGGUGGUGUUGUUAGGACAGCCUACGAUGAGCUUCACCACAGGUAGCAGAGCUGCUGCUGUCCUUGCUCACUUCCUGUGAGGUGGGGAAACGCAACUCCGCAGCCCCAUCUCCUUCCUUCGAGGUGUCCAGGCCCUUCUGUGGGUUUAGACCCACCUGUGAGCAGAUUCAACCCACCCACUUUGAAAGAGGAACCUUCCUUUUCUAAACUGGGCUCAGUUGGUGAUCUGAACUGACUCACAGAGGGCUCUGAGGAGCACCAGAGCCCUGUGGUGGCUCUCAUGUCUCCUAGCUGGUGAGGACCUCAACGGAGAAUUUUGCAGCAGUGAUUUAAGAAAACAAUAUCGUACAAAGUUCAGGUUAUUCCUUAUCAAAAUAAUAGUAACAAGACGGGGGUUGUAAGUUGCUCUGCCUCAGAAAACAGAAGGCUUGGCUGUUGUGUUGGUAAGGGACCUCGUAGCCAUCUCUGACUCGGCCCUUGUCUUGCUGCAUGGCCAUCUCUGUGAGCUUGGGGACAGCUGGGGGGAUGUCCCACUGAGGGCAACCACAGGAUUAUCUCAGAGAUGUUAUGGUGUACCCAGGUCUUUGUCCUGGCACUCCAGCAGUGCUUGGUAGGCUGUGCCGAGCUGUCAUUGUGCUGCGCUGACUGCCAUCCCCCAAAAAAGGCAUCAGUCAGUUUUAGCUGCUCAAGUGGCUCAGCCUACACUGGCAAAAAGAGCACAGUGCUGACGCAAGGAUGAAGCUGGGUGGGGAGGCAGCAGAACAAGGGCAGCCUGGUGUGAUCAACUGCCCAGCAUGGAACAGCAGACCCUGGGUGGCAGGGGUGGUCUCCUUUGGCUCAGCCCUCUCUGUUCUUGGUCCCCCACUGCAGGGAUGCCACCCCUUUUGUGUGGACACUGUCAGGCUCCUUGAAGAGCCAACUUGGGGCAAUAACCUGCCAGAAAAAGAGCCAAGAUGAGUGAAUAUUUCCAUGCUGGGUUUGUACCCUGAGCCAGCUCCUGUGCUACCAAAUACAUGGUGGAAGGCACUGGAGUUGUGCAAGGGGGAGAGCAGUACUGGCAGAGCUGUACCGUGUGUGUAUGCGGAUCGAGAGUCACUUUUAUUUUCGUCAGACUUUGAGAACUGCAGAUCUGCUUAGGAUGCUGUGGAGAUCCUUUUGCUUUUUCUUUUUGCUUGUAUUUUACUGUAACCUGGCUUGAGAUAAGUGCCAUUUAAACAAGAAGGCAGAUAAACCAGGGGCUGAAGCAUCUCAAGGUGCUUCAGCUAGCCCUGCGGAAUAUUGAAUAGAGCAUUGUGCGUCAUCUCAGCAACAGGACUGGGGGUGGGAGAGUCGGAAAUGGUCCCUGAUGUGGGGGGUUACCAGUGGGUAGCCAGGGUGUCCUCGGGGAGUUUGACCUUACCUUUUGUUCAUUAAAGCUUCUAUUGACUCACAUCAGUUUAGGGGACUUCUUUGGACAAGACCACUAAAAAUUGUAGUCUUGUCAUUUUCUGACUGGAUUUUGCUUGUGUCUAUUAGAAAUAUUGGUUCCGAGUUUUCUCUAGCUGUAGUUGUCCUCUGGCUGAGUUGGGCACAGCGAUGGGUCACGGGAGCUCGCUGGCCUGCUCAGAUGGUUCCUGAAAGGCUUGCCCAGCACAGCCAGGAGGUGGAGUGCCGAGAGCAAGAGCUGCAGUGUGGGAUCUGGCUUCCCCUCUUGUGAGGGAGGCCGUCGGAAGCGCUUGUGCUGGUAUCAUCUCAUCAGGGAGUCGAUUAAAAGCUGUUCUGAGCAGGGAGUGGAGUCUGCUCCUGGAUAAGGAGAAGCUUUCAGAGAGGUGCCUUCCUCCAUGUGCGGCAAUUCCUGCAGUUCUUAGGCAGAAACUGUGGUACGAUGUGACUGACCUUCAGGUCUGACAUCACCAGUUAAUGUCUGGACACUUCUAGGAAUAGGGAAGAACGUGAUCUGUGAGAAAGCUGCUACCUCUGUGGAUGCCUUCAGGAUGGUCACAGCUGCCAGGUAUUACCCCAAGCUGAUGAGCAUUGUUGGCAACGUUCUCCGUUUCUUGCCUGCCUUUGUGAAGAUGAAGCAGUUGAUAGAAGAACGCUACGUGGGCAAUGUGAUGAUCUGCGACGUACGAGUUUAUGGGGGAAGCCUGCUCAGCCACAAGUACAACUGGAUCUGUGAUGAGCUGAUGGGAGGAGGUGGUCUGCAUACAAUGGGAACCUACAUUAUUGACCUCCUAACUCACCUCAUCAGCAGAAGAGCAGAGAAGGUCCAUGGUUUGCUUAAGACUUUUGUGAAGCAGAACACGGCUAUAAGCGGGAUCCGCCAUGUCACUAGCGAUGACUUCUGCUUUUUCCAGAUGCUAAUGAGUGAGGGUGUCUGUUGCACUGUGACUCUCAACUUCAACAUGCCUGGAUCAUUCAUUCAUGAAGUCAUGAUUGUUGGGUCUGCCGGUCGCCUGAUAGCUCGCGGGACGGACUUGUAUGGGCAGAAAAACACUGCGCUCCAAGAAGAACUACUGUUUACAGACUCUCUGACUGUCAACAAGGGCCUUUUGGAUAAAGGGUUUAAAGACAUCCCGCUGCUUUACCUAAAAGGAAUGGUGUACAUGGUUCAAGCACUGCGGCAGUCUUUCCAAGACCAGGAAGACCGUCGGACAUGGGAUCAUAAACCUGUCUCUAUGGCAGCCUCUUUUGAAGAUGGUCUGUACAUGCAAAGUGUAGUAGAGGCCAUCAAGAAAUCCAGCAGGUCAGGAGAGUGGGAAGCUGUGGAGGUGAUGACUGAGGAACCAGAUGCCAAUCAAAACCUCUGCGAGGCGCUUCAGAGAAAUAACUUAUGAACAUUCCUGCUUUGGAAGAUAGGAGGAUUAACACUUCUGGCUGUAAUGUAAAAAAACUCUCCGUUUUUAAGAUAUGUAGAUUUUUAUUUAACAACCUGAGUUCCUUGGUUUUUUAAAUGUGUACAAUAUGUUCUGAUAGAAACUGUUCUCAUUUAAAUUGUUUAAAGAGUUUUAAAUGUUUCCGUUUUUGCAAACGUUUAAUUUUUGUCUUGGAGACUGGUAGGAAAACUUGAAUUGCCCUUUGCACUUGCAGUAGCUGAAGUGAAGCAUGGGAUCUCUGCCGUUGCGUGGCUUGGACAUGGGACACAACCCCUGUUGCACAGGUUCCUUAUUUUAACAUGAGAGCACAUAGAGCAAGAUCAGGGAGUAUCUGUUGUUCGGAUGCCUUUUCCUUCUCUCUUGGAGACUGAUUAAGUUUUACUCCUCAGUGUAAAAUUUUAUAAAAGAGUUUAGUGAUGUAACAGGUCUCUAAACUCCUGUAGGACAAAUAGUAGAAGGACCGGAUAAAAGUUUGGAACAUAAGGAUCAGCCUUUUGGCUUCCCGCAUGUGGCAAAUGUCUUUCACAUUCAUUUAAACUGGUAUUUUAUUUAAAUGAUGCUAUGAAUUCUCUGUUGAUGGUGUCUUGGCAGGAAAAUCUUCAGGAAGUUUGUGAUGAUUUGUGCUGUUCUUCCUUAUCUGUAGACAUUAUUCCUUCUACUCAAGAGGCUGCCUGCAUCCAGCAGCUUUUUUCCAUAAACUCUGUGUCUGUCGGUUGUGUUUACUGCCCAGCAGCACUGGUGCCGUGACUGCGGGGCCACGUUCUCAUUUCUGUGACUGUUAAUAAAUGCCUCCCAGGGUCAUGGGAUUUCCACAGUGUUGUGGGUAAUGAAGUUGUACAGCAUUAACCUUCCAGGGACCUGAAGAUGGAAGUAAGGAGGUAUUUCCUACCUCUUGUAGCUCUCUUAAUGUGCUGGCUGGGUAACUGUCACACUACACACAUCCUGAUAGUUGAGAGAAUGGGGACUGAACUGUCAUGGGUAAGUCUGCUCUUAAUCUCAAACACUGGAUAUUAACCCUCUGGCCCUGCCCAUCCUCACACCCUCCUGCAGCUUGUGUCCAGUGGAAAGAUCUGUUGGCAGAUGAUGGGUGGAAGUUCAUUCGUUUGAGAAACGUUUCUCUCUGAGGCAGGUAUGCAGAAGGGAUAAUCCAAUUUUACUACAUAUAUUUUGUGUACUUGAAAGCUUUUUUUAAUGUAUUUCUCACUAAAUUGUAACCCUGUGUAUUUAUGUAUCUUAACAUGCAAACUGCUGUUUCAUAAGCUGGUCCUUCCUGAAAAGGAUCUUGUUUUCUACAGAAAUAAAAAGUUGUGUUUGUUGAGGG